UUCCGGGAGUUUAACCGCGUCUUUCCGAGCCGGAGAGAGGGAGACGGAGGAAAAGUUAGUUCAAGAUGGCAAAUCCCUCAGACCCGGAGUGAAGGGGCACCGCUCCCCCGAGAACCAGCUCAGCGAGUCGGCCAUCACGAGACAGACCCGCCCGGCGAUGAGAACCGCGCCCGGAGGCGUGCGAGGGAUUCCCUGAAGAAAACAUGCCAGUGAGGCUGAUGUGACACAGCGUGUGCUGGAAGAGAGCUGACUCAUCAAAUAUCCAUCCCUCCGAGAGCAACCGAGCAGCCGAGAGCAGCUCAUAUCUCCUGAUGCCUUGCUAGAGGAGCAGUCUCACAACCCCCCCCUCCCCUCCCAGCAGCACCAGCAGCACCAGCAGCACCAGCGGAGAUUAAGACGGUGCAGAAACAUCUCCUGCAGGAUUACAUCCAGCGCCGGCUGUGGCAGAAACACAUCUCGGCUGUAAAAGGCUUCUGCUCCAGCUGAUAAUGACAAAUCUAAGAAUGGCAGCACAGUGCGUCAGCUGAACUUCACACCAGCCCACCUCCCUCCCCAGCUACCAGCUGAUAGGACCUCCCCUGCCAGUUUCACCCAAACCCCUUUAGCGUCCCCCAUCCCCGACACCACCAUCAGUCUGCCCUUCAACCCCCCCGCCUCGCAGACCAUGAUGUUUCGUGAUCAGGUGGGCGUCCUGGCCAGCUGGUUCAAAGGGUGGAACGAGUGCGAGCAGACGGUGGCUCUGUUGUCCCUGCUGAAGAGGGUGAGCCGGACCCAGGCCCGCUUCCUGCAGCUGUGUCUGGAGCACUCCCUCGCCGAGUGCACCGAGCUGCAGGUCCUGGAGGGAGAGGCCAACAACCCAGGCGUGAUCAGCCAGUGGCAAGGCGAGCCCAAGGAGCGUGUCAUCUCGCUGGUCCUCACCCAUCUCCCACUGCUCAAACCUGGCAAUGUUGAGGCUAAAAGCGAGUACAUGCGCCUGCUGCCUCGCAUCCUGGCCCACACCAUCGAGCACGGCCACCACUUGGAGGAGUCUCGCCAGCUCCUAUCCUACGCCCUCAUCCAUCCUGCCACCUCCUUGGAGGACCGCGCUGCCCUGGCACUCUGGCUCAACCACCUGGAGGAAAGGGCAGCCGCCAGGGGAGACUCCCUGGAGAGGCCUCCUCCUUCUGGGCAGCACCACCUCCACCAUCACCAGUCAACACCACCAUCCACCCUCACCUCAUCGGGAUCCUCCUCCUCCACUAACACCUCUUCAUCGAGCAACCUGUACUCGCUGCAUCACCACCAACGCUACGGCUCGGACGACCGCCUCAACGGCUGGCAGAGCUCCAGGGAUUCGGGGCUGGGAGGAGGGUGGCAGCAGCCGGGCUGUGAGAAUGGGCAUCUGCUUCUUUACCCAUCAUCCUCUGUGCCGACCACCAUCAACACAGUUGGAACCAGUGGAGGUGGAAACACCAUCCUGACGAGUGGAGGAGGCAGUCAGCAGCACAGUCCCCUGAAGCGCUCCGUGUCCCUGACGCCUCCCAUGAGCGGCCCCAGCAACCAGCCCCUGGGCCACGUCUGGCUCUCCCAGGAGGACCUGCGGAGCGCCAGGGGCCCGGCCCCGGACCACGCACCCCUCUCGCCCCAGAGCAGCAUCGCCUCCUCGGGUAGUGGAGGCAGUGAGCAUCUGGAGGAGGCUGGUUUGGGAGGUCUGCAUCGCGGCUGCUUCCACGACGAGGGCAGUGGCAUGAGGGAUGUUCCCUCGUGGCUGAAGAGUCUCCGUCUUCACAAAUACGCCGCGCUCUUUUCCACGAUGACUUACGAUGAGAUGAUGUCGCUGACUGAAGAGCAGCUGGAGGCGCAGAAAGUCACUAAAGGAGCCAGACACAAGAUUGUCAUCAGCAUCCAGAAGCUUAAAGAUCGACAGAACCUACUGCGCAGCCUGGAGAAGGACGUGUUGGAGGGCAGCAACCUGCGCGCCCCGCUGCAGGAGCUGCACCAGAUGAUCAUGACGCCCAUCAAGGCUUUCCCAGGCGCCGAGGAGGCGUCCCUGCAGCGCCUCCUCCUGAGUCCCGAGGGCAAGAGUGCCGCGCCCGGCUCCCACCUCACAGGGGGCGGCAGCGGCGAGGCUGAGUCGGGGACGAGCGUCAUCGCAGAGGGGGAUUUACCCGGCCAGUUCACACGCGUCAUGGGCAAAGUUUGUACCCAGCUACUGGUGUCGAGGUCGGACGAGGACAACAUCAGCUCCUACCUGCAGCUCAUUGACAAGUGCCUUCUCCACGAGUCCUUCACCGAGACGCAGAAGAAGAGGCUGUUGUCAUGGAAGCAACAGGUCCAGCGGCUGUUCCGGUCCAUUCCCAGGAAAACCCUCCUCGACAUAGCAGGGUACCGACCGCAGAGAAGCCGUUUCGGUCAGUCGAACUCCCUCCCCACCGCUGGCUGUGUCGGGGGCAGCGUGUCGGUCAGGAGGAGCCUUCGCCAGUUCCAGAUGCCCUCCAGGAGUUUGCCGGGUGCCAGGCUGGGCCUGCUGGGAAGCGGGGGGCUGCUGGGACCCACACCUCGCAGCGCCAGCAGCACGCCGACCGGUCCCAAGCAGGGGAGACAGGGUCUGUGGUUUGCCAACCCCGGAGGAAGUAACAGCAUGCCGAGCCGGACCCACAGCUCUGUGCAGAGGACCCGCUCCCUGCCGGUUCACACCACGCCACAAACCAUGGUCAUGUUCCAACAAGCUGAUCUUCAGUUGCCUGUGACAGAACCAGACAUCAACAAUCGCCUUGAGUCUCUGUGUCUGAGUAUGACAGAGCACGCCUUGGGAGACGGUGCCGACCGCACAUCAACGAUCUGAACCGAGGACCUGAGUGAGAGCAGCCGGACGCCGCAGGUUCACGAGGCUCUCUCACGACAAAGUGACCUCGAUGUCACCCGCCCUCCCGUCCCCUCUCCCCGUGGCCAAUGGGAGAGCUCCACCAAAGGACCGGGCGGGAUCCAGGAAACACAAGCGAGCUGAUCAUCACACGGCGAACACAAGCGAUCCCAUUGGCACUGACACCCCCCCCCCUCCCCCCCUCGCCUGCAGUCCUGUCAGCCUUGGCAGGAAGGGAGAUGCUGGCCUGUGGAUCAGGGCCCAGUGAGACUGAGUCCCCUUCCCCACACGACACCUUCUGGUCCCUGCACACUGACCACAGCUUGUGGCGUCUUUCAAAUCCAUAACAGUACCUCAGACCCGGAGACAGGAGGAGACACAAGGACGCAGACGGAAGUUUAGGAUUUCCAGCGAGGACAGAAAGACCUCCUGCUCAGCGCUGGGUGGCAAACAAACAAAAAAAUCAUUUAUUUUUGUUCUAUGUAUUUAUUGUUUACAUAAUGUUGCUACUUUCAAAGGGUACAGAAACAUGUAUGACUUUCAAUAUGACUUGUGUAAUAUUCUGUAAAGCCUCGGCCGUGCACCACCUUCACGUCCCACAAGUAGCUAGUUUACAACCAACAUGCUUUGUCUUUAUUUUAUCUGCCAAGAACAAAGAGACAGUGGGGGGGAGAGAUGUAAGGAGGAAGAGCAGAUGUGAGAUGAGGGGGAUGAGAGGAAGGAGGUGAGGAGGAGAAAGACAAAGAAAGUAGAAGAGGAAGGAAUCGGGCUGAGGUACCGGUGGAAAGGGAAGCGGAUGUUUCAGAGGAGGAAGACGUCAGAGGCAGGACCUCUGAUUGGCUGAAGGUGAUGGAGGACGAUGAUGUCAUGUCUAACAGUGUUGUGAGUUGGAGGUGAAGCUGCGUGUCGGGUGUCUACGAGCUGUAAGAACUCUGUGAAUUCAGAGCCUCGUGAAAAACGUUUUUGAGAAAACGUAAAUGGGAGAUUUUGAGGCGGCGGCCGGUCGUCAGUGGGAUCCGUGUGCGUGUCCAGAUUCUGGGUUCGGUUAUUUCUCUAAACGCAGGGUGAAGUGCUUGAGCUGCAUGUUCCAGCUGAAUGUCUUUCUCAGAAGAUUGUGAAACGUGUGAAGCAGGAAAAACAGAAACAGGAGUUCGGUUUGGUUUCCACGCAGAGCGCGUUGCUGAGGCCGAUUGCAACACCGGAGAAGAGACACGCUGUCAGUCCAUGAAGGGAGGACGUCCCAUGAAGGGAGGUGUCCCAGAGGUUGUCCCGUUAGUGCAGCCUUCCCCCUGCUGGCCGGUCCAUGGACACGCAGGCUCGUCCGCUCACAGAUCGUCAGUUCAAACCCACGUGGGAUAUAUUUUCCUUUUUUUAGAUUCUGAAUCUCGCGGUUAUUCUGUGUCUUAAUAUUUAUCCUCAGUUUAUUGUGUAUGGAAAACAGACUUUAUACGAAUAGGUUUAUAUUGAAAUAAGCUGGUUAGGAAUCUCCUCCCUGUGCCACAGAGACUCCUGAGUGGUCAGCGUCGAGGGUUAUCGAUUAUUAUUGUUAUUUAGGUUCUUCUGUAGUUUGUUGCAAUUCAAUAGUUAUUUCUUUGUAUCCUGCACUUGAUAAUGUGAUAACACUAAAAACCCAAAGGUUCAAGGCUCAAGUUACAGUUUUUGCUUUCGGAGUCGGAUGAAACGAAGCAGAUCAAAGAGACGAUCUCGGUUCUGAUGGUCGACAGAGAAGACAGAGGUCGAGCGGUCGAAUCACAAAAGAUGUCGAUGUUCGAUCCCGCGGCCGAGACGAGAAGCUCCUGAUGUGUCUAAGACUAAGUUCAUGUUUGUGUGUGUUUUAACUCAUCUGACAAAAAGCCAUUGGUUUUAUUUUGGUGUUGAAAGACCUCUGCGCACACACAGACACACACACACAGACACACACAGGUUUAGUGUGUGAGGGAAUGAACAUGAAGACUCCACCAAAGCACGGAUGUGACGUGAACCUUUUCAUCCUGAAACUGAUGCUCUUCAGCACAGACCGUCGCAGUGUCACUGCCACAUGAAUCAGUACUUAAAUACAAUUAUUUAUUCUUUUUAUUUCAUUUUUUGCAGAGGUGAUACUUUUACUCAUUUAGGUGUAUUAUUAUUUAAAGUACCAUAUGUAUUAACAUGUUAUGGCUGGUGACCAUACGUACAUCUCAAAUAUUAACAUAGUUAUUGUUGACUUUUCUCUGUUGUUGUUUUGUUGCUCUAUAACCUUGUUUGUAUCUAUCGGUGUCAUGUUGAGGUUUUGUUUGGAGAAGUUUCCGUGUUGGAGUCGCUCCGUCACAGAACCAGUGGUUUCUCUCUGUUCUGGUCUGUAGUGGGCCAGGAAGUAGACGGGUCCACUCCGGGCCUUCGUAGACCAGGAUGUGAGACGUCGGGUCUGAACUCGGUGCUGUGGACGUGUUUUCACUCUCAGACUUUCAGUUAGUCGAUGUCCAGAUGUGUGACUUCCAGAUGUUUUUUUCUUAUUGUGAACAAAUCUCAUGAAAAAGCCAAAUUCAACAACGUGUUCUCUCAUCUCUCAGUGUUUUACAUUUUAAUCUGAACUCUUUCCGUGUGUGUGUGUUUCUCACCGAUUAUGAUUCAUACAAUUUUAGAAAUGGAUUGAAAAUAGGAGGUUGUGUUUUCUUUUUGUGUGUCUGUUUGCAGGAUUACACACAAACUACUGAGCUGGUUUCCAUGGUUUAAGGACCAGGGGAGAACUCACAGACACCUGGAGCAGAUUUGAUUAAGAGGUUGAAUCCAGGAACUCAAUUUGUUUCACUUUCCUUGAUGUUGUGAUUCAUUUGACAAGUUCCCAUUAGAAGCUAAUUUCUCGAGCUGAUUGUAGAACUGUGUGAAUUGAUUUAUCAGUGAUGUCUUUUGAAAAGAUGCCUGACGUUGCACUGUUAAAGAAAGUAGAUCCUCGGCUUGUUCUUCUCAGAGUUCUUGUCAGGCCCAAUCACGUCCUCACGUUUGUUGAAAAUCUGUUCAGUGGUUUUUGUGUAAUCCUGCGUACAAGUACACAAACAGGUGUCAACAGUUUCCUGGUUGGGGGCAAUAUCCCACUCAGGAAGCGACUACCUUCACAUCUGACACCACAACAGAUGUGUUUGUUUCCAACACUGAAGAUGAACUACAGUUUGUGAAUGUACAUGACAGUUCAACACACACAGACACACACACACACUUGAUUCAUUGGUGAUUUCUGUCUUUUCAUGGGAUUUGUUGAUGGGAAGAAAAACCUCCCGCAGCCUUUAAAUGUUUUUACAAACCUGCAGCCGUUCAAUAGGAAACACAAUCCAAGGGAUUAUUGAACCUGUCUUAUGUUUUAUUAACUUUCAUAUCAAACAUAUUGAUGCAAAGUUCGGGAGCUUGAAUUCCGUUUUCUCACAUGUGCCAGGUUUUUUCUUCUGGAGCAAGUGUUCAAACGGUUUGUGUGAAUAUUUUUCUGGAUGAAGAAUUAGAGCAAAGUGACACGUGUUGUAUUCAGAGUUCAAAUCGCCCCCUGUGGUUUCCUGCAGCCGCUCCGGGUCAAAGAGACGUCGGAACCCGGAGCGGGACGCUGGAGGUUCUGGAUCAGAACCCGUCUCCAACCAAAUGCUUUAUCUAGACUUUUCUCCGGACCCAUAUCGGCUUGGGGGGGGGGGGGGCGUCCAGGAGAGCUUCUGCCGCUGUGCACUCUGCAGUAUUAACAGUUAGACAACGACUCGUUUAUUCCAAAAAAAAAAAAAACAUACGUACUUUAAAGUCGAGACAUAUAUGCUGUUUUGUAUUUUUUGAAUUCAAAGAUUCUGCAGUUUAUUCAGUUUGUGUUGAGGAAUGAGUCGAUGAGUUUCUUCUCGUUUCGUUUUGUAAAGCAGCCGUUGCCGCUCGACUGUGCUCCUUCACUUCAUUUAGUUUUAUUCUAUCAAAGAGCCGAUGUCCUGUAUUGACUGCAGGCUUACGUAUAUAUUUGACAAAAGAAUAUUGUAUGUUUAAUAAUAAAAGAAAACCCACAAAAAAGACAAAAAAAACUAAGGAAAAACAAAACGUAGAUAAAAAGCAAUGGAGGUAAUUGAGAGAGAGAGAGAGAGAACAAGUGUAAUUUAUAUUUUAAAAACUGCAUGCACAAGGCUGGGAAAGUCAUAUUUAGAAUAACUAAUGGCAGUGCCUUUUUUUUGUACUCGAGACAUUUACCCCAAAUGUAAAUGGUUUUAUAUGGACGUUAAAAAUAAAAAGGUGAAAUGUUACAGCAGCCGUGUCGGCUCACGUUCACACUGCAGCUCCGAGCGCUGACGGAUUUGUACCCUUGUGUUCUUAUGAUCUUUCCUUUGAUCUGAUGUAUGGUCGUGUGUGUUUAUGCCUGAUCACUGUGCCUUAAUCCACUGACAGCUCAGCCUAACGUUGUUUUUACUUUCAAUUCAUUUCUCGAUUGUUAAUUUCCUCGUUCUCUCAAAGUAAAAGAAUAUUCACCAUAGAGCCCAAAUUUAUUCCUUUGAUUUGAUUCCUUUCAUCUUGUGUUUUCCAUUGGAGCUGUAACCACGAUACGAUUCUUCCAAUUAUUAAACUUUGACAGUUUAAAAAACAACUUAAAUUACUUCUGCAUCAGUGAGAUGCUUCAAUUUCACCCUGAGAUCAUUGUGCACAUUCAGGUUUUCACUGAUCCAACGUGCUACAGGCGAGAAUCUCAGAAUCCUGUUUCUCAACAUUCUUGUGACUCAAGUUUUAUUUCUUUAUUUCUUUAGAAAACAUCAAACGUUUGUCGAGUUCUCACAGAAGAAGAAAAUUCUCCUCGUGUUGCUUAAAAAGCCAAAAAAAAAAUCUUCACUCUGUGUUUUCUCAUCUUUGUCGUUGAUGAACCGCUUUUAAAAUGGGUUCAAUUAAAAAACUAGUUUCAGUGUUUUCUAAUGAAUAAAUCUUGAAUGUAUAUUUUGGCUUUAAACCUUCACAGCCUCUGAUUACAGCAGCUUGGUGUCUGACAGACUAAAUGUGAAAGUCAAACUUCCACCUGAACGUUGAAGCAGUGUGAGCGUGAGCGUCUGGGAGCCUUUCUGUUUUCUGUAGGUACUUUUAUUUUUAAUGCUGAUAUGAAGUUCUGAAUUAUUCUGGUCUGUAUAAGAAAAAAAAAAUGUGUGAGUGGGAGUUUGUGACAGUGAGGAUGUGUGUGUGUGUGUGAUGAGAAAAACGUUCAAGUGUUUUUAUUUCAAUGUCUCUUGCUGUAAUUUGUCGCGGCAAACCAGAAUGCUGUGAUUUGGCAUGCCCCGUUAUACAUAAAGAAAAAAGUUGUAACUCC